AACAUCCUCAGGUAUCAACAGUUACCUCUGUAAACAAAAUGAUGAAAAUGAAAACAAACCAAAUAGGUCAUGAAAAAUGCCAUGACUAUGAUUUUAUUAUCCUUCUAUUUGUUACUUUAGAAGGGUGAAUGAAGAUAUUAUGGGUUCAUUGGUCACUCAAGUGAACUCAUGUAUACUGACACCAUCUAUUCUGGAUGAGAAAAACGAGAAAAGAAAGAUGUCGGAGAGUAAUUAUAGCAUGCCAACUGAGUUCCUACUUGUUGGAUUCACAGAUUAUCUACCUCUCAGAGUCACUUUAUUUUUGGUAUUUCUCAUCAUAUAUACACUAACUGUGGUGGGAAAUACAGGCUUAAUAAUCCUAGUUAACAUCACUUCAGGCCUACAAACCCCCAUGUAUUAUUUCCUCAGCAACUUGUCUUUCUUAGACAUCAGCUACUCCACAGCAAUCACUCCUAAAAUGCUGGUGAAUUUUUUAACAUCCAGGAGAACCAUCUCUCCCUAUGGCUGUGCACUACAGAUGUUUCUCUUUGGUUGUUUUGCUGAUGCUGAGUGCCUUCUCCUGGCAGCAAUGGCAUACGACCGCUAUGCAGCCAUCUGUAAGCCACUGAGCUAUCCUACACUUAUGUCCAGGAGAGUCUGUACCUGCUUCAUUGUGCUGGCGUACUUCAGUGGAAGUGUGACUUCAGUGGUGCACGUCUGCCUCACAUUCACACUGCCAUUUUGUGGCUCCAAUGUUGUCAACCACUUUUUCUGUGAUAUCCCACCUCUCCUGGCUUUAUCAUGUGCAGACACCCAUGUCAAUGAGCUUCUGCUCUUUGUCUUGUGUGGCUUCAUCCAGACUAGCACUUUCGUGGUCAUAUUCCUCUCUUAUGUGUGUAUCCUCAUCACUGUUUUGAGCAUCAAGUCCUCAGGUGGCAGAAGCAGAACAUUCUCCACCUGUGCUUCCCAUCUCAUGGCAGUCACCUUAUUCUAUGGAUCACUCCUGUUCACCUACUUACGUCCCACCACCAGCUACUCCCUAAACAGUGAUAAGAUAGUGGCAGUGUUUUAUACGGUUGUUUUCCCCAUGUUCAACCCAGUCAUCUACAGUUUCAGGAACAAAGAUGUAAAAAAUGCCCUCAAAAAAGCAAUUAGAACGAAACUGGAUUUUCAGAUGAAUGAGAGCUUAAAUCACUGAACAAACUUUAAGGCAUGGCCUGCUCUUCCACUUUCAUUAUCAGAACU